GCUACGGGUACUGUCUGCAAACUGCAGCACGCUUUAGCAUUUUAUUUUGCGCCUUGCACUUUGCUAGUGAAUAUUGCAUUUUCCGCUGUCACUUUGCACAAAGUGUGUACUUUGCUCCCAUUUGCUCGCAGGCUUGCGUUUUCCGAUUGCUCAUAGGGUGUGCAAUCUCUUCUGCCUUCUUUUGCAUCCUAAAUAAAAUUUCUCUCUCAUUGGUAUAGUUUUAUGUGCUAUUUUCCAUAACCUCUUUUAACGGUUUCACGUUUGACUGCCACCUGUGUCAUACUGGAAACCUGUAAGCCACGUCCCGUCUAUUUAUGCGUAAGAAAAGGUUUGAUCUGGAAGACAACUCGGGGGGGAAUAUACUUUUAUUAGAGGGAAAGGUCUGACAGACCAAGGUCGGCAUGCUAUUCCAUAAAAAAAUAAUAAAGAAAGAAAGAAAAGGGGGUGGGACUCCUGGAGCGCGCAUCUCAGAGCUUGGUGGCAAGGCCAGUGCUCUUCAGAAAUUGCAAUAAAGCUCUUGUGACGGCCCGUUGUUGGUGCUGAGGCACAGGGCCAAGGAGUGCGGACAGCGUCAGUUGGUUGUGCCCGAAGCGCGCGAGGCCCAAGCCAAGCUGUGCCAAGCUGUCGGUGGGGACGUUCCGUUGAGGGCAAACGCACACGACCAAGAAUAGAUUGCUCGGACCGUGGCAUACUCGUAUUAUUAAGGCUGCCUUUGCUACGGGUACCGGACUCGAAUGGAUUGGUGGAACACCGUAUUGUUACGCGCAUUGGGAAAAUGACGGGAAGUGCCGGCAACCUUCUCACAGGAACUGUUAUACCUCUGCUGGUGAUGGUUAUAGUACCAAACUUUCUCGUGUGCCUUAUAUACUUCGUAGUGUCGUAUGGCUCAUCAUUCGAAAAAACGCCUGAAGUUUCCCUCGUCGGAAUCUGGGUGGACGCCUGGACCUUGUCCAGCUUUGGUAGCCUCCAGACGUGGACAUUCCUUGUUGGUCUUGCAACGUACGCUGUGUUAUCAGUAAUCCUUCUGCCGGGAAAAGCAUAUUACGGUCCCAUUAGUGCUGGCCAUGCACCAAAAUACUACAGGAAUGGCUUUCUCUACUAUAUCAUUACAAUGGUCAUAGCAGGUUACAUCAUCCUCUACCAGGACGUUCGAUGCUGGUCUCUAUACCUCAUGCUACCAACGUUAGUCGUACGCCUGACGAUUAUGGGUACAGUGGCAUGUUUCCUCUUGUACUUGAAAGGAAGAUACGCUCCCUCACUGGGCGAGUCCAGCACCAGUGGUCACUCAAUCUCCGAUUUUUUCUGGGGCUUGGAGAAACACCCCCGCCUGCUUGGUGGAACAGUGGAUGUAAAACAGUGUAUAAAUAGUCGAUUUGGAAUGAUGCUGUGGCAGCUCAUUGUGUUGGUGUGCUGGAAGGCGUCCGUGGAAGAUAAAGGAUGGAACUCUGCAAUGACGACGUCAGCUCUUCUGCAAACUGUGUACAUUGCGAGGUUCUUCUGGUGGGAGGACGGAUACAUGCAUAGCCUAGGCAUCACUGAAGACAGAGCAGGCUUCUGUAUUAUCUAUGGUUGUAUGGUAGGCGUUCCAACGUUAUAUCCGCUCACUGCUGUUUGCCUUGUGGAACAGAAGUGGAGUGCUGACCUGUUGCUUUCCCUGCUGAAUUUCGUGUUGGGCGUCUCUGCCAUUGUUCUCAACUAUUGGGCUGACUACCAGCGUCAGGUGGCAAGAGCAACCAAUGGCAAGUGCACCAUUUGGGGCCACCCCCCGCGAAUCAUCAAGGCCACCUACAGAGAUUCAUUCGGCAAGCAGAAGAUAAGUCUGCUGUUGGUGUCUGGCUUCUGGUCUUGGAGUCGCCACCCAAAUUACUUCUUCGAGAUUCUGUCGGCUUUAUUAUGGAGCGUGCCUGCUGGAUUCAGAUCUGUAAUCCCGUACACAUAUCUUGUAUACCUAACCGUGUGUCUCAUACACAGAAGCCAUCGUGAUGACGCGAAGUGCUGCAUGAAGUACAAGGCGUAUUGGAAGGAAUAUUGCUGGCUAGUGAGAUACAGAAUGGUACCGUUUAUUUUUUAGUGGGUACGCAAGAAAGGAGGCAGGUCUGGUACGACAACAAAAUAUAAAGCUUCUUCAUUGUACACUAUGCUUCAUGCACAUAGUUGAUUUUCUAUUUGAUCAUACGUCUUUCACGCUCAAUAUCCCAUGUCAUCAUCACUUCUCCAUCAUUUAUUAUUGUUGCUGUUGUUGUUGUCAUGCUCAAUAAUGAACGUGCAGUACCAGAGCGCCACCGAUUACAAGGGCUUCCAUUCUCGAUUUCUUCCUCAAAGGAAUUAAUAAAUGAAGCUCUUUUUUCUUUUCA